AUGCCUGUCAAUGUUCUCCCUCCGAUGCUCCACUCUGGGGAGGCCCAGUGUCCGGAUGACGACUGGACUGGUCUCCGUGACAGGGCAGAGCGACGGAAAAGACAGAAUCGCUUGAACGUUCGAGCUCACAGAAAGAAGAAAGCCCUAGAAGCUCUCCAGAAGAAAGAUAGUCAAACACAGGAUGACGGAGAUUUCUCAUGGGAGAGAGCGGUUAAAACUGCUGGCACAGCGCCCAGAAUCCAGAUUCUCCAAUGGGUACCGCCAGCGAAGUCAUGCCAGCUGGGGUCUGAAGACCCAUCGAAGUCCUCUGGAAGCGGAAAUGAGGUAGCAGAUGGACAAGAUGUUCAAGCGAUAGUCCGUUCAUCGCGUCGUCGCCUAUCCGCCUCCAAACUUCGUGCCAAAUCGAAGCUCCCCGGCACGGUUCCGCCAUACUAUCGAAACCCCGCCAACUGGUUCCCCCUUUACCGAGAUCAUCUCAUCCCGCUGGUCUACUACAACGUCUUUCGAGCGACAAUCACCAACAUUCACAUUCUCUCUCUCACCUCUCUCCUGGAAAGCCCAUGCACCCCAGACCUCCAUUCCACUCCCCUCUUCCCCGCCCCAUCCUCGAUCCCACCCACGCUGCUUCCUACCGCUUUGCAGAAGUCCACAGUUCACGAAAACUGGAUCGACAUAUUUCCAUCAGGAGGCAUGCGAGACAACGCCAUCCGCUAUCGAGAUAUCUACGAUCACCGUGAGAUGUGCAUCGACCUCGUGGGCUGUUCAGAAAGUACUCAAUGUAGCGACCAACCGGGUAUCAUAGCCUGGUCUGAUCCAUGGCAUCCGGACGGCUGGGAAGUCACUGAGAAAUUCGUCAGAAAGUGGGGAUUCCUAUUGAAGGGUUGCGAGGAUGUGAUGAGGGCGACUAAUCGAUGGCGGGAGAUGAGGGACGAGGAGCCACUGGUCUGGGAGCUGGAAUGA